GAAAAAGAGACCCGACAUGACGAAGUCCUAUGUUUAUUCGCCGCGGGUGAAGCACGAUUGUGAUGAUCUUCAAGUACGACAGCUGCAAGAAACAAAAAUCAGUCUUGAAAUUAUGCCGACAGGAGCUGAAUUUCUAGACUGAAGAAAUGAUAGACCACGAUCAUUCAAUGACCCAAGUUUGAUUGUACAACUACGAAGACUACCACUGUUUCUAGGCCUAGGCGCUGUAAGAAUAGAAAUUAUAUUUCAGAACUACAUCAAAGUAAUUUAAAUAUUUCAGAACUACAUCAAGUUCAAGAUCAAAGAACCAAAAGAAUUGUUCAACACAAGAAUCUACAAAUAGAUACGACCAUCAAGAUGACGGACUCGCCUACAACAAGCCCUGACGAUCAGGCGAAGGAGAUCGAGAAGUUGUACGCCAAUUUGAACUCGGACAACCAGAACGAGGUCUACGAAGAGCAGACGGUUGGCGAGGGAAAGUACAAGGUUGUGAAGAAGGGGGAUUACGACAAUGGCAAACCGUGUGUGGCGAAGUUUCUCAAGUCGGGAACCACGUCCAGCAGUGACUGCUUUCUCGACGAUGUCAAGAAUGCGAAGGCCGCACUCCCCUACAUCGGGGAGUUCCACGAGUAUGUUAGAAAAAGUCUGCCGCAGUACGCAGGCAAGUUCUCGAUCAAAGUGAAUGUGCCAUCGGUCUGGACCCAGACAAACGAGGGGCCCAACAAAGGCCAACGCUUUCUGGUGGAGCCCUAUGUAUCGAACUUCGAAAAAUUCAACUCCAACUCUGGAGCCGCCGAUGCGUCCGCUGAAGUGGCACAGGCCCUGAGCCACUUCAGCUACCACCUGUCUGAUGGCCGCGAGCUGCUGUGUGACCUGCAAGGUGGCCGUAGUGGCAACGACUACGUGUUGUCGGAUGUUGUGCUGAUGAGCGCCGAAAAGAAGUACGGCAACACGGAUCUGGGACUGCCGGGAAUCGUUAUGGAGGAUGCUGCUUGAGGACUUAGUUCAUAUAGCCGCGUCUUUUCACCAACGGUUCUUUAAGCAUCGUUCGUCUCAGACUUACUAGACAAUGUUCGUCAACAUGAUGAAAAAAGAAGCACAGCAUUCUAAGACAGAGAAUUUUUGCGCGCAUCAUGUGUGCGGGCCUUUCUGCAGUCGUGAGUGGAAGACGUGGAGUAACGCUCGCCGUCGGUACCAGCCAGUGAUGUCAACGACAAUCACAUUGGACGUAGCAAAUAUUCCAACACCGCUGUCAAAUCGCGAGUACACACGUGUUUUUGCCAGCGACAUCAACUUCACACAAGACAGCAUCAAGGCAUCGGUACUUCUAAAUGAUGAAAAUAAUAGAUUUAAUAUUAUGUUGACUCUACGUAGUACAUCUUUUCUUUGACAUUUUGCUCACGUCGUGAUCACUUAUCAUGGAGGUACCAAUUAUUAUAGUUGUACAACUGAAGAUGAUCACGACGCAAGUACUCUUCAUCGAUUCCAUAUCAAGACUUGUAGGGCCGUUGAUAUGUAAUUUUUCUCUUCUAUGACUAUUUUCACAUCCAGCAGUUCCAAGACGGUAAAAGCCUUCUCUCCACCGCACUGGAGCUCGCAAGAAAGGACAUUGAGAAGAACGAUAUUCCGAUGAUCACGGUCGUCCGCAAAGACGGAAAAAUGUGGUCUCUGGACAAUCGCCGAUUGGCCGUUUUCAGGUUGCUAGAAAUUGCAGGAAAGAUCCGCAAAAUCAAAAUCGAAAUUGUGCCUUUUUCGGAACGCGAAGAUGAGUUCAGUCGCAAGUACGAUGGCGGAAAUGGGGAGAGCAUACUUGUUCGACAGGGGAGCCACGUGAUAAUUGGACGAACCGCGGAUUCGACGCACUUUCCCGGACUCGACGAAAUUCGUGACACCUUUCCAACCGAAAAGCCAGAAGAUGCCAUGCUCACAAUGUUCCUGGGAACGCUUACAGAUGAUCACUAAGAAGUGUGAGAUGCUGAAAAUUAUGAUCCUUGUCCUGCUCCACCUCAGAAGUAGAUUUAAGCAUGAUGUGUUUUUCAAGAUGGACGUUCUUGUACUAUUUGUAAUUCUUAUUUGGCUGCGCAAGAACUACAGUGAUCAUUGAUUUCUUGAAUUUUUUGAAAAAUAUUACUAGGCACUAGUCAUAAUUGAUGUAUUAGAUUUGUCAUACAGUUCUUAUUGUUCUACUGGAUGUUCAACAAGGAGCCGGUAUUUUUUGUUAAUCGUUGCGGCCUGUUCCUCCCACGCAGUAGGUAGCUAGUAGACACGUAGAUAGUGUGAAGAUGAUGUGUUAGCGAAUUUUUGAAUCAACAUCAAAAUCUAAGUUUUUUUUUGAAUUUUUCUGCUGCAAACAACUGUCGAUUUCUAUGUUGAUCGACCUCAUUCUCCGCAACGAAAUUCUCUAUGUGAAAAAUUUGAACAAAAAUCAAAAGACCGUUCAGAAGCGAACUGCUUCCACCGAUCCUGUUAAUGGAUAAGGAUGUCACAAGGCCAAUACUAGUGGUCCUCGAGAAGGAAGAAAGUUCAAAU